UUCAACCAACCCACCACGAUGUCUGAAAAAAAGACAGGCUAUCGACUCGAGUACGCGGUGUCGGGUCGUGCAAAAUGCAAAGGAGGAAAACCUUGCAAAGGGACCGCAAUUCAGAAGGGAGAGCUUCGUUUUGGGACCCUAGUCGACAUGGGUGGUAACACGAGCUUUUCGUGGCGCCAUUGGGGCUGUGUCACACCUAAAGUUCUCCAGAACAUGAAAAGCAAGCAUGACGAAGCCGAGGACGUCGACGGCUUUGAGGAGCUGAAUGAAGAGGACCAGCAACGCGUGAGGGACGCGUACGAGAACGGUCAUGUCAACAAGGAAGACAUCCCUGAGUCAGCUCGCAAAGGUGGAGAUGAUUCAGAGGGCGAAGGGAGUGAUGAUGCAGCUCCCGCGAAGAAGAAAAGUAGUCGCAAAAAGAAAGCUGCAAGUGACGACGAGGACGAGCCAAAGCCGAAAAAGGCCGCACCUAAAAAACGUGCAGCACCCAAGAAGAAGAAGAAGGACGACGACAGUGAGGGAGAAGAUUUUUCGAAGGAAAUGGAGGGUGUCGAAGGUGGCUCUGACGAUGAGCCAGAAGAAGAAAAGCCCAAAAAGAAGAGAGCACCGGCAAAGAAGGCCGCCCCCAAGAAACGGGCGACAAAGAAGAAGGCCGACGACGACGACGAUGACGAACCAGAGGACGCAGAUGAUGAUGAAGACGCGGGUAAAAAGCGCAAAAAACCUGCGUCCAAAGCAAAGGCAAAGGCCCCGGCGAAGAAAAAGGCAAAGAAGGCCGCUUCGGAUGACGAGGACGAUGAAGACUAA